UUCACUACAAUCCCCAUAAAAAAGAGCCCCUCCACUGUCUCACAGCUCGGCCUUCCAAAAAGAGCUUCUUGGUGAAAAGAAGCGCCUGAAAACAUACUAGUCCUCCCGUUUCCCAGACUAACCAGAUGGGUCUCGUGCUCCACCACGCAAGGCUCUUCUUCUUCUUCUUCGUCGUCUUCGUCUUCUGUUGGAUAUUAGCAGCAGCAGCAGCAGCAGCAGCAGGCAUCAGCACUACAGGAGAGGAAUGGAGGUCUGCCACAGCAACCUACAGCAAAGGAGCACAAAGCCCCACCAUUGCUGAAGUACAGCACCGAGGAAUGAAGAGCCAAACAGCACCAGCAUGGGGAAAUGGGACUCGUGCCAUCUCUUCUUCCUGGUGUUUGUUGCAAGAAGUUGCAGGUCCGAGAGUGUUUUUAUCUGUGCUAAUGCUUCGCUUCUGGGUUUUGUCUCGAUGUGCUGAAGGUGGCGCUUGUGGAUAUGGGGACCUGGAGAAGUCGGGCUACGGGAAGAGCAGCGCUGGGCUGAGCAGCGCGUUGUUUGAGAGGGGGAGCGCCUGCGGGGCGUGCUUCGAACUCAGGUGUGUGGAUCAUAUCCUCUGGUGCCUGCAGGGGAGCCCUUCUGUUGUUGUUACUGCCGCGGAUUUCUGCGCUCCGAACUACGGGCUUCCAGGGGAUUACGGAGGGUGGUGCAAUUACCCCAGAGAGCACUUUGAGAUGUCGGAAGCUGCUUUCGUGCAGAUUGCGAGGAGAAAAGCUGAUAUCAUACCUGUUCAAUUCAGGAGGGUGAACUGCGACAGAUAUGGAGGGAUGAGGUUCACAGUUACUGGGGGCUCCUACUUCUAUCAAGUCCUAAUCGCCAAUGUGGGUUCAGAUGGAGAGGUGAUAGCAGUUAAAGUAAAAGGGUCAAGAACAGGAUGGAUACCAAUGGCAAGAAACUGGGGCCAGAAUUGGCAGUGCAGUGCGGACCUGCGCGGCCAGCCUUUGUCUUUCGAAGUCACUGCCAGCAGUGGAAGAACAGUAACAUCAUAUAAUGUUGCUUCCUCAAACUGGAGCUUUGGUCAGACAUUUGAAGGAAAACAGUUCCUGAAUUAGAUGGAAAAAGAUUAAUGUCAUCAUUUUUUUCGCUUUGAGGGAAACAUUUAAAGAUAAAGAAAUCUACGAUCGCAUUUCUGAAUCAUGAGCAGUCGUAGUUCCGUUGGAUUGAAGGAAACUCCAUGCUGGAUCAUGUGGAAAUAUUUUUUACUGUAUCGCAGAGAUCUUGUCUAAAAGAAGAUGAUGGGGGUGGGAUGAUGAAGUUAACAAUUGAGAAAGUCUGAUAAUCUGAAAAGAGAUUAUUUUGCAGUAUGCAUAUAAUGACAUGAUGUAAGUAUAUGGGAGGAGAAACUUUCAUACCAUCAGGAC